AAAAAACUUUUUUCAAGAAGUAUUACCAUGUAUUUCAGCAAGAUUUCUCAUGUAAUGAGAUGUAAAAGUUCAGGCAAUAUCCUGUUUAGACACGUUUUGAUUUGAUAAUACAAAAUGGUGCUGACAGUGAGGGAUUGCACAGAAUAAAUCACUGAGUUCUGUUUUACACCAAAGCCUGGAUGUGUCCUGUAAGUUCACAGCUGUUCUAACUUUUGCUUUCCCUCAUCUAGACAGCAAUAUGUCCAUGAGAUUUAUUUCUUGAUCUAUAUGGACUCGUAAUCUUUGUUGGGAUUAUUGCCAUAGAAACAAGAUGAAACAUAGCGCAUGUUAGAAGUAACAAAUGGGAUUUGGCAGUCUUUGCCAUUUACUCCACAAAGUCUGAGAUGUGUACAAAAAGCAGCAAUUGCUUAUUCUCAAAGCCUUAUUUACUGGCACAUCUGCAUGUUGAUUAAAACUAAACACUUCGACAUCCGUUCUGGCUGGAACGACAUUUAGAUAUUCUGAUCUUUAAACUGAAAUCCCUGAGAUCUGUUUUGCCUUUCAGUCAAGGCAGGAAUUGGUUGGUUUUGACAUUUUUGGUUCCUGUUUGCACAGUUGCAGAGCUCGGAGGCAGCCCGUGCUCCCAGCCUGCAGAAGAUGCUCCUUGGGAGGAUGAAGUCAUGAGUUUUGCCCAUACAGCCCAAUUUCCCACAGCACUGUGAAGCUUCCAGUGUCUCCCAGAGUUUCUCACCCUGCCUGGCUUGCAGCCCCUUCUCCUCAGGGCCCAAGCAAAUUGUUAGGCUUCAGAGGCCGUGUGUGUUAAAGACACAAAGUUCUGGAUGAUGCAUUUGCUGACCUGGGAGUGCGUGUGCACUGUCCUUUCCCCAGUCCCUGUCCCACACCCAGCCUCUAUUUGAGCAGAGCAGUUUCUUAGGGGGCAUUUUGGAGACAACUGGAGAUGCUUUCAAACCUUCAGGGUAAGAUCUGUGCUCCUUCCUCACCAUCUCAAAAAAACAAAAAACAAAAACAAACAAACAAAAAAAUAAACAGCUUUGCUCAACAGAGGAAACACCUAAAGCUGAUUGUAAGCCACAAAACUGAGAUACAGCCUAGAAUAGAAGCUGAGCAACUGAAAUAUGGCAAGCUUGAAGCGGGCUGCGUGCUCAGAGCUUGCCCUGCCUCCUUUCCAAAGGUAUUGGGGACUCUGCAGCUUUUGUGAAGUCGAUGAGUGCUCAGGAUCUUUCUGAAGCGUGUAUUUAGUACCUAAGUAUAGAUCUAGGACUGACUAAAUUCAGGCUCCAAAAACAGUGUAGGUGUCUGCCUUCUCCCUUUUCCUCAUUUCUCUUUCCUUUGCCCUUUAAUCUCUUGAUCAGAUCACACAUUCUCUGCUCCCUCCAACUCUUUCCAUUUUUCCAUCCUCCUCCAUUUGACAUCUGCUCCUGCUGUGCCCCUCGCCCACAAAGAUGGCUCUCCUGGGGUCGCACCCCUUUUCUCUCCCUCUCUCCCCCUAUAUCCUCCCUGCCCCAUUCUCAGAAGGGCAGAGGAUUGAAGCAGAAGCUCAGCUCUGCUCUCCUUGAGAACCUCCCAAGUGCCCCAUCUCUCUUGUGUGGGGCUGGUGGCAGAAAGAGGAGUUGGCAUAGAGCUCUUGACUGGAGUGGGAGCCCAAAGCAGCUACCAUCAUCUUCUUCAUCUUUAUACCAUAGGUAUAAACCAAAAUGGCCCAUUUUCCUCUGUAUUGCCCACCACAGGUCUAAUCCACUAAUGACAACUCUAAAAGAAGAUGUAAUGAAGGGAUAACGUUAACUUUGCAAACAGUAAACUCUCAUUAGUGGCUUCUGAUUUUCCAAACAACCAGAAUACAGCUGUGGCUAUGAAUCUGAUGGAUCUUUGCCUGACGUGAGCUUCUCUGUGUUGCAGGAAGGUAUGCCCCAAACGCUGAGUCCUACCAGUAUGUUUACCCCAUGUAGCUUCAGUCCUCAUCUACAUACUUCUAAAGAAGAUGAACAAGGAGGGCUUAUCUUCCAGGAUGGAAACCUUACCUCAGCAUCUCUGGAUGCUCUAAUCCAGCAUCUCAUACCUACCACUGAUUACUACCCUGAGAAAGCCUAUAUCUUUACAUUCCUGCUGAGUUCCAGACUCUUCAUUGAACCCCACGAGCUUUUGUCCCGAGUUUGUCACAAGUGCAUUGAGCAGCAGCGGCUGGACGACCCUGUGCUGGACAAGGCACGGAUCAGAAAAUUUGGACCCAAAAUCUUACAGUUGCUGACGGAGUGGACAGAAACAUUCCCGUAUGACUUUCAGGAAGAGCGGAUGAUCGGCCAUCUGAAAGACAUGAUUCACAGGAUAGCCCCAUGUGAUGAGGCCUACUGGAAAAAGAUGAAUCAGCUUUUGCAGACCCUGAAUCAGAAGCUCGCCACCCUCAGCCAUGGGCAAGAAGGGAUUGUCAAGAUCAAUGCUGCUGUCUCUGAUAAGCUGGUUGCCUUUAAGAGUAAACCUCCAUCAAUUCAGAGAGAAAUCCUGAGCGUCUGCAGUGACCCUUACACUCUGGCUCAGCAGCUGACACAUGUGGAGCUGGAGAGGCUAAGUCACAUUGGACCUGAGGAGUUUGUGCAGGCAUUUGUACACAAGGAUCCUCUGGAUGGCACCAAGCCUUGUUUCAGUGACCAGAAGACCAGUAACCUUGAGGCCUAUGUGAAAUGGUUCAAUAGGCUCUGCUACCUCGUAGCAACAGAAAUUUGCAUGCCUGCAAAAAAGAAACAGCGAGCACAAGUCAUUGAAUUCUUCAUUGAUGUCGCCCGAGAGUGCUUUAACAUAGGGAAUUUUAAUUCACUGAUGGCAAUCAUUUCUGGAAUGAACAUGAGUCCUGUUUCCCGGUUAAAGAAGACUUGGUCAAAAGUAAAAACAGCCAAAUUUUUCAUUCUUGAACACCAGAUGGACCCCACUGGUAACUUCUAUAACUACAGAACGGCAUUGAGGGGGGCUGCUCACAGGUCCCUCACUGCACACAGCAACAGGGAGAAGAUUGUGAUCCCCUUCUUCAGCCUAUUGAUCAAAGACAUUUAUUUUUUGAAUGAAGGAUGUGCUAAUCGCCUUCCAAAUGGACAUGUCAACUUUGAAAAAUUUCUGGAACUGGCUAAGCAAGUAGGAGAAUUUAUAACAUGGAAGCAAGUGGAAUGUCCCUUUGAACAAGAUGCUAACAUAAUCCACUACCUGCACACUGCUCCCAUUUUUACUGAAGAUGGUUUAUAUCUGGCUUCUUAUGAAAGUGAAAGUCCGGAAAACCAGACAGAAAAAGACAGAUGGAAAUCCUUGAGAUCCACUAUUUUAGGAAAGACUUGAAGAUUAAGAGAUUACUGCAGUAGGUCAAAGAAAAGAAAUCCGCAAACAUUUUGCACUACUGAUUCCAAAGAUGCCUGUUUGGGAUUUAGACAAAUUCUUUUGUUUGAGUUGUUAGGUUUUUUUUUCUUUUUUUUUCUUUUUUCUGACUGCCUAACAUGAUGGGUGAACUGGAUUCAUCCACUGAAAUAACAGAACUGUGCACAAGGACGUUUUUCUAACUCUGAGACAAGAGAGGAAGGACAAACAGAUUAUUUGUGGCUGUGCCCAAACUGCGUCAGGAUCACUGUAACUUUUGCCUCUGAAGGAAAAUAGAAGAAUAUCAGGAGCAUGGAGAACCAUGGUACUGCAAAAGGAAAAAAAAAAAAAAA